ACUUGAUUCUGGCGAGCAGGCGGGGCAAUAGCUAAAAGGAAGGGCCAAUCAGAAGGCGUUCCUCGGGGAACCGGAAGUGGGAGAGUGGAAAAGCGGAAGUAGAACUCUUUUUUCUAUCGUUCUGCACGGCGGAUCUUCGUUGCCCCAUCCUCAACCCUACGGUCUCACAGACCGGCAGCGGCAUCAUGUCUGAGCUCAAAGACUGCCCCCUUCAGUUCCAUGACUUUAAGUCCGUGGACCAUCUCAAAGUGUGCCCCCGCUACACGGCUGUCUUGGCCCGUUCUGAAGACGAUGGCAUCGGCAUUGAAGAGCUGGACACCCUGCAGCUGGAGCUCGAGACGCUGCUGUCCUCUGCGAGCCGCCGGCUUCGAGUGCUGGAGACGGAGACACAGAUCCUGACAGACUGGCAAGACAAGAAAGGGGACAGGCGAUUUUUGAAGCUGGGCAAGGAGCAUGAGGUGGGCACACCUAUCAAACAUGGAAAACCCAAAAAGCAGAAGCUAGAAGGGAAAGGAGGCCACAGCACAGGACAGGGCCCUGGACGGCCCAAAUCCAAGAACCUACAACCUAAAAUCCAAGAGUAUGAAUUCCCAGAUGACCCAAUUGAUGUGCCUCGUGUUCCCAAAAAUGAUGCACCUAAUAGAUUCUGGGCCUCAGUGGAGCCAUAUUGUGCUGACCUUACCAAUGAAGAGGUGCGUACCUUAGAAGAGCUCCUCAAGCCUCCUGAAGAUGAAGCUGAACACUACAAGAUCCCACCUCUGGGGAAGCAUUACUCUCAGCGUUGGGCCCAGGAAGACAUGCUAGAAGAACAGAAGGAUGGGGCUCGGGCUGCAGCUGCUGCUGACAAGAAAAAGGGCAUCUUGGGACCACUGACUGAACUGGACACUAAAGAUGUUGAUGCUUUGCUGAAGAAGUCGGAAUCCCAGCAUGAACAGCCUGAGGAUGGCUGCCCCUUUGGACCUCUGACCCAACGCCUCUUACAAGCAUUGGUAGAAGAGAAUAUCAUCUCCCCUGUUGAAGAUUCCCCUAUUCCUGAAAUAGCUGGGAAGGAUUCUGCAACUGAUGGUGCUAGUACUUCCCCCCGUAGCCAGAACAAGCCCUUUAGUGUACCCCACACGAAAUCUCUGGAAGGCCGCAUCAAAGAAGAGCUGAUAGCCCAAGGUCUGUUGGAGUCAGAGGACCGACCUGCAGAGGACUCAGAGGAUGAAGUAUUAGCUGAGCUGCGAAAGAGGCAGGCUGAACUCAAAGCCCUGAGCACACACAAUCGAACCAAAAAAGUUGAGCUCCUCAGGUUGGCCAAGGAGGAGAUGCAUCGACAGGAGCUGCGGCAGCGCGUGCGCAUGGCAGACAAUGAAGUCAUGGAUGCCUUCCGCAAGAUAAUGGCAGCACGCCAGAAGAAGCGCACCCCAACCAAGAAGGAGAAAGACCAGGCCUGGAAGAGCCUCAAGGAACGUGAAAGCAUCCUGAAACUACUAGAUGGUUAAUGCUGCCAUUUGGACCCUGGACUCUUGGUCAAGCUACUCCAUUUGAAUCACAGUAUGGGAGGUGCUGGCUUCAAACACAGACUUCAGAAGCUCCCUGUGUUGGCUUACCAGCAUCCUCUUUUGGCCAUGUUGUAGCCAAGGAUCCAGACAGGCUUUGACAGCUCAGAGGGCUGUGAGAUGGAAGCCUGGAACACUGAAAGGUGGUGGUCCCAUCUUUGACUUUUGUAGAGCCAUUUUUUUGUGCAGGACAAACUCUACAUGGGGUUUUACAUCUCAUUUAUUGGCUUCCAAGGCGAGUCCAUAAAAUGGGAAGGGAUCUUAAGAGACUGCCUUGGAUUAUCGUUUCCCUUUUCAGAAAAAUGUUUUUUUUUUCUGCCAUGCUUUCUGUGAAUAAUUGGAGAUGUUACAAGCACAAUGAAUGUCCUGUGUGGGAGCAAAAUUCCCCAAGCGCCUGAAUGAAAAACAUUUGGGAGCAGUUUAUUGACCCUUUGCAGCACCAGGGUAUAUCCUAAUUCACAAAACCUUGGGUCUAGGCCUGCAUUAAAAUGGCUAGUGAAGGCCCAAAAUAAGGGUACUUGCCCUAUUUCAUAGGCAGUGUAAACUGAUGCCUGCAGUAGUCAGCUUUGAACAGUAGAGGGAAUUGUUUCUCUUGGCAAGUCUCAGUUGAACUCUUUAUUGCUGAUGGGUAAAAUGCAGUGAUGGUCUGUGCAGAGCUGAGGAUAUGGACAUCUGCAUUCUGCGAAGGUGUUUCUGAGUCAGGCAGCUCUAACAAUUCACCAUAUUUCCUGUUUUGCUCAUCCUGUGGGUCACACAUUUUCCUUUCUGCUUACCUAUCUCAAGUACAUAUGAAGGGGUUUGGCUUCUUGUGGCGACUGAGCAUAGAAGUGUCAUUCUGUUCUUGAGGCAAAAGGAUCAAGCUGAGAAGAACAUGAAGAACUACAGGUACAAAGGAGUGGGCAACAGGGGGGAGGGAUUUCCUGACAUUUGGGACUGAGUGACCUCAGGUGGUGAACUGGGAAGAAGCAAAAUAGCAGAUCCUUAAAUAUGUAACAUAGAGAAAAUGAACAGCCCAAAACAAAUUGGCUGAGUAGCCCAAGGCCGUUCCCGGCAAGCUGUGUGUGGGAGGAACCUGUCAAAAUGAGUAUCAAUCCUGCCAACUAUAUAUCUGGCCAAGAUCUAUAAAGAACUGAUAGAGGGCUGUGUGGGUGAACACUAGGACACACAAGCAGGGGCAAGAUAAUUAGGGAGCCUGUCUCCUCUCCUAUGCCUGGUUUAGUUUCACCUACUUGCCUUGAGAUUGGGAUCCCUUUGUGCCAUUGGCUGUGGUCUAGUGCUGGAGAAGGUGUGGCCCUCCAGAUAUUAUUAAACUGCAUUUUCUGUUGUCCCUCACUCUUAGGUAUGCUGCCUAGGGCUGAUGUGCGCUGAGAUCCAACAACACGUGGAGGGUCACAUCUUGUAGCUGGUCAAAGCACACUGUUGCAAAAAGAUCCUUGACCAUGACUGGUCAUUACAGAUUCUGCAGCAAGUUACAACAAGGUGGUAGGACCAAUUCAGUAUGGAUGUUGCCUUCAUCUUGGUGACACAUUAGCUUCUGCAUUUAUAGUCUCCACCCACCUUCACAAUCUCCUGAAGGCUUGAUUAUACUCACACAGCAAUAUACACUGGCUUUACUGAAGCCUCCGUUUGGGAUCCUUUCUUCUCCCUCAAAAAGUUUCAGGGGUGCCCUGCUAUAUCUGCUUGGGAACAUUUUGAACCUCAUUAGGUUUCUGCAUGACAUAGUGUCUUUGAAAACAGCUGGAAAAUAGAAUGGGAAGGGAAAAGCUAGGAGGAAGGUGAACUUGGAAGGAAGAAUCAAAUGAGUUCUUCACAUGCUGUGGGCUGUUGCAAAUUUGUGUCAACAUAUUGCCUCACUGCAAUUCUUCCCAAAGUGUCAAUAAACCCAUGACUACAGGAAUA